GGAGAGAAGGGAGGAGAAGGAAGGAGAAGGAGGGACCCCGGCGGGGCGGGGAUGCGCGGCCGGGACGCGGGGCGCGGAGUGCGCGGCCGGGAUGCGGUGCGGGAAGAUGGCGGCGGCGCCGCCACCAGUGGCAGCAGCGGGGGCAGCGGCGGCGGCCGGGGCGGCGAGCGGCUGGGGCGGCGUGCGGCGGCGCUGCCAGCGGCUGCUCUACUGGGUGCCCGUGCUCUUCAUCUCCAGUAUCCUGUGCUGGUCCUACUACGCCUAUGUCACCCAGCUCUGCCUGCUAACAAUGACAAAUAUUGGAGAAAAAGUUGUGUGCCUGGUUGCUUACCACAUAUUUUUCAUGCUGUUCGUCUGGUCAUAUUGGAAAACAAUCUUUACGCUACCAAUGAAUCCUUCAAAAGAAUUUCAUCUAUCAUACUCAGACAAGGAAUCUCUAGAGAGGGAGCCUAGAGGUGAAUCCCAGCAAGAAGUCUUACGACGGGCAGCCAAGGAUCUUCCUAUCUAUACGAGGACAAUGUCUGGAGCAAUUAGAUACUGUGACAGAUGCCAUCUUGUAAAACCAGAUCGUUGCCAUCACUGUUCUGUGUGUGACAAAUGCAUUCUGAAAAUGGAUCAUCAUUGCCCUUGGGUGAACAACUGUGUAGGAUUCUCCAACUACAAAUUUUUUCUUCUCUUCUUGGCUUACUCUCUACUGUAUUGCCUUUUCAUUGCUGCAACAGAUUUACAGUAUUUUAUCAAGUUUUGGACAAAUGGCCUUCCUGAUACUCAAGCCAAGUUCCACAUCAUGUUUUUAUUUUUUGCUGCCGCUAUGUUUUCUGUCAGUCUGUCUUCUCUCUUUGGGUACCACUGUUGGCUCGUCAGUAAGAACAAGUCAACAUUAGAGGUAUUUAGAGCGCCCAUAUUUCGUCACAGAACGGACAAGAAUGGUUUUAGCUUGGGCUUCAGCAAGAACCUAAGGCAGGUGUUUGGGGAUGAGAAGAAAUACUGGCUGCUGCCUGUGUUUUCAAGCCUAGGGGAUGGUUGCUCCUUCCCAACUUGCCUUGUUAAUCAGGAUCCUGAGCAAGCCUCCACACCUGGUGGUCUUAAUUCAACCUCUAAAAACGAGAGUCUCCUGUUCCCUGCCAAGCCGCUGCGCGAUUCCCAGAGCCACCUCCUCACCGACACGCAGUCUUGGUCAGACAUCAGUGCAAAGGCUGAAAAGGGCAAAAUUGGUAUGAGCAAUCCUGCAUUAACCAUGGAAAAUGAAACCUAACUUCCCUUAAAAGAAUCUUCUGAAUACUUUAGGAAAGUUCAAGAAAAAGCUGUUGGUGGAAGGAAGAUGGAUUCUUCCAAAUAUCAGCCCUAUCAGCCAGCUGCUCCCGUCUGCUCCUGUGUGGAUGUGCUCAGAAAACAAACUGACAGAUGAUAGCUGUCUCCAUGUCACUGCUUGAAACAUGAAACAAAACAUACAACUUUUGAACCACAUAAAGAAUGUUUCAACUUAGGAUUACUGAUUUUGAAUGGUGAAGGGUGAUUCUGAGUAUUAUGGAAAAAAAAAAAAGUCUUGAGUUUACUAUUGUAAAAAUUCUGUGGCUGGUUUUACUUUGAUAUUCAGCACAAGAAAAAUGUGACCUCCUUACGUAUCAGCCCAGGUUCUCGCCUUGGUUUUGAAAGUUCACCUGUUAAUUCAAAUUGCUGUAAGUAUUUGACUUACUUCAAAAAUCAAAUGUUUGCACUGCUGGCUAUAUAAAGUGGGAAAACAAUCAGUGUUGGUUACGGACAAUUUAGUGGCUCGGUGGACUGUAUUUUCUUUUGAGCGCUUGAUAAGCAAGUUUUUUGUUUUGUUUUUUAAGAUAAGGCAACCCUAGUGAAGUGUCAGACUAUUUUUGGAUCACUUUUAGAAAACAUUAUUGUGAAGGCUCCCUUUUCAAUAGUUGUGGAGUGGAGGGGAAACCUCCUUUGUUAAUUAAAUAUUACAGUGAGUCCCUGGUAAAUGGGUGAUUAAAAAGUCCACAUUCGGAUGGAUAAUAUGUAAGUAAAGCUCGUAGCUGGGGAUUUUGAUGAAAGCUGCACAUGACGAUCCUAUGAAAUUGGGGGUUUUAUUCUCCCAUGUGGAGCCUUAAUCCCCUAAGGGAAAGGAAGGCUGACACUUCACUUUGGUGAAGUGAAAAAAGGUGCUUUUUUUUUUUUAAAUCAAACUAUGUUCUUGAUGGUCACUGUCUUUCAAAAUCCUAGUUUUUUAUUAAUCAAUAGUUGUCUCAACUUUUUUCACUUCUUUAAGACACUGAAUUUCUCACUGCAUAAAUUAACGAAUAUCACAUCCAAACAAGGAGACAUUGUUAUAACUUAGGAUAUUUGCAGUUAAAGGAUAAAGGAUAUUCAAUUGCAAUACCAAAAAGCCAAACUGCUGCAUAUAGGAAGCUCCCUUCUGUUAAGUUAGGAGACAGACAGCAGGAUUUUUAGGAUUGAAGUUUACCAGCCUGAUGAUAAAAGAGGUGUUAUAAACUGCAAAGUCAAGGAAGUUUCAGCAACACAAAUCUGUCUUGUGCCUUUUGUAUGCACUAAACUUACGGUAUCAGUGUUUACAUUUAAAUGCAAUGUAAUUGUUUUUCUGAAAAUAACAAGAAGGAUCUUAGUUAUGCUUUCUAGGUGGCCAGGUAAAACAACUAGUCAAAAGAAACCCCAACAACCUGAAAACCUGAAAAAAGUUCUCAAAACUGAACUACUUAGCUGGUGUGUUCACGGUGGAAGGAUUCCAGUUUUUGAAGAAUAAUAACCCCAGUUGGAAAGCUGGCAGCAGGACUAAGUGACUGAUUUCUGAAAGCAAAAAUUUUACCAUAAAUUCUUCUACAGGCAGGUAACUUAAAAUUUUGAGGUUUUGUUUCCUGGAUUUACAACGUAAGUGGUAACGAUGGGAGCACAAAUGUGUUGUUUUUUUUUUUUUCCAAUGAGGAAGAAUGUAUUGGGUUUAAUUUGUUUAAGAUCUCAAAAUUUUACCAGCCUGAGAACAUCUGAAUUUUGCCAGAAGUGCCAGAGUAUGGAUCCCUUGAUGUAGAAGGCUUUUUUUUCAAACAAGCAUGAAGGUAGCACAGUUUACACGAUGCCUGCAGACAUCCUAGCAACCAAAAGUUUUCAUUUAUUCAGUGUUGUCCUGUCAGCUUACUUUGCCUUAGUGUCUGUUUAAAGGCUAACUUGUCAAGGGAUAAGGGGGAGAGGGAAAAUAUAUAUUUUUAACACUUCAAGUUCUCUAGCUGUAUAGUCUUGGUUUUUUACACGGUCAGGGUGGUUUGUCACAGAGCAUGCAUUGGAAAACAGUGACUAAAAAGUUGAAAUUCAGCUUUAAUGUAACUUGCUCCGUACUUUUAGGUAAAGACUAAGUACCAUUUUCUUCCCCAGCAAAAUCUGUAAUAGAAAUUGCUCUAAUGCAGGUGGCAGACCUGCCCUGGGGCUCUGCCAGGUCUCAGUAAGGCUGGGAAUUGAUAUAGAGAGAAGGGGCAGGGAUAGGGGAUCAAAAAAAGUCCUGUGAGUCUCAACAGUCACAUUUAGAAAGCACAAUAGUCCUAAAUAAUCUGCAGUUUUGAUGUAGCUAAAGGCUGUCCCUCUAGCAGAAAACUGGAGGCCACAGAGCCAAGAAAUAUGAAUUCACAAGGGAAGGG